UGGCAGUCGGCCACAGUGUGAGCCAGGAAGUAAACAGUGAGAGGUGAACAGAACAGGAAGUGAGGUCACACCGAACCUGGAGAUCAAACAGUUUCUAGUUUAAAGUCUGGAGGUCCAGACCCGGCCGGUCGGCGUGGUGCCGGGCUCAGGAAGAACUCUGGGUCUAAAGCUGAAAGAGGACAUUUUACUGUUCAGACUAAUCCAGGUCUGAUCUGAUCGAUCGGUCUGAUCGAUGGAUCAGACCGAUCGAUAGGUGUGUCUCUACUUCAACACACCUGAGUCAAAUACUGAGUUGUUAGCAGAACCUGAUGCACUGAGGAGGAGAUUCAGCUGUUGGAUCCAGGUGUGUUGGACAGGGAGACGUCUAAGAGCUGCAGGACUCCGGACCUCCAGGACCAGGACCAGGACUGCCCAGCCCUGCUCCAGCAUCUUUCUGAGCUGCUGCUUCUCUCUGCAGGUACGGUGACAUGGUUCCUAACACCAUCGCAGGGAAGAUCUUCGGCUCCAUCUGCUCCCUGAGCGGCGUUCUGGUCAUCGCGCUGCCCGUCCCCGUCAUCGUGUCCAACUUCAGCCGGAUCUACCACCAGAACCAGAGAGCCGACAAGAUGAGAGCGCAGCAGAAAGUCCGUUUGGCUCGAAUCCGCAUGGCGAAGAAAGGAACAGCAAACGCCUUCCUGCAGUACAAAGAGGACCACACUCUGGGAGACCGGGACAGCGACAGCACGGCUCUGUGUGUGAAGAACAGAUCCGCCUUUGAGCAUCAGCACAACCACCUGCUUCACUGUCUGGAGAAAACCACGGUGAGGCAAGAACUACAGGAACUACAGGAACUACAGGAACUACACCCUCUGUGGUUCAUGCUCCUGAUCAUAGCUGGUCUUCAUUGUAAACACAAACCACACAGGAACAAGACACGAUACCAUGAGAGCAGGAUGGAGCUAAUGCAGCAAAUGGAGAAACUGAAGCUAAUAGAGCUAAUAAAGCUAAUGGAGCUAAUAAAGCUAAUGGAGCUAAUAAAGCUAAUGGAGAUAAUGAAACUAUUAGAGCUAAUAAAGCUAAUGGAGCUAAUAAAGCCAAUGGAGCUAAUAAAGCUUAUGGAGCUAAUAAAGCUAAUGAAGCUAAUAAAGCUAAGCAGCUGACAGAUUAAGUAAAAC